GUUUAGUCUGUGGUUGGUGCAUCUCUUGUCAACCUGUCAAUGUCAUUAGUCAUAAGUCAUUUUCUUAUUGUUCUUUCAAAAGUUUCCCUCAGCGAGAGUUGAGGGCUGAAACGUUACAAUGGGUCGUGUGAUUCGUGCGCAGCGUAAAGGUGCCGGUUCAGUUUUCGUAUCGCACACCAAGAAGCGAAAAGGUGCCCCUAAACUCCGUUCGUUGGAUUAUGCUGAACGCCAUGGUUAUAUCAAGGGAGUCGUAAAGGACAUCAUUCACGAUCCUGGUCGUGGUGCACCAUUAGCGGUUGUUCACUUCCGUGACCCGUACAAGUUCAAGACCCGUAAAGAACUUUUCAUUGCACCUGAAGGUCUGUACACUGGUCAAUUUGUAUACUGCGGAAAGAAGGCUACACUUGAAGUUGGAAAUGUUAUGCCCGUUGGAGCCAUGCCUGAGGGUACCAUUGUAUGUAACCUCGAAGAAAAAAUGGGUGACAGGGGCCGGCUAGCCCGUGCAUCUGGUAACUUUGCCACAGUUAUCGGCCACAACCCUGAUGCUAAGCGCACCAGAGUUAAGCUGCCCUCUGGAGCCAAAAAAGUGUUGCCUUCAAGCAACAGAGGAAUGGUUGGCAUUGUUGCUGGCGGUGGUCGUAUUGACAAGCCCAUCUUGAAGGCUGGUCGUGCCUACCACAAAUACAAGGUUAAGCGUAACUGCUGGCCGUACGUGCGUGGUGUGUCCAUGAACCCUGUGGAGCAUCCCCACGGUGGUGGUAACCAUCAACAUAUUGGUAAGGCUUCGACUGUCAAGAGAGGAACAUCCGCUGGUCGCAAGGUUGGUCUCAUCGCCGCCCGCAGGACCGGAAGAAUUCGUGGUGGCAAGACAGAAACCAAGAAGGAGACGUAAAUGUAACUUUAUACAAAUUAAAAAAAGAAUCAAA